AUGCCCCUGACGGCCAAGCCUCACCACGUGGCGCUGCGGGCCCGCGGCGGCGGAGAGUACGACAUCAGUGAUGCAGACAUCGAGGCCUUCUAUCAGUCCCUGCUGACUGGCAGUGGCGGCGACCCUGCGAAGGGCACCGUGCUCUCAGAGCUCAUUGUGAAGUUCUUUCACGGCGAGUUCACACCCCAGGGCUUUCAGCGCUACUCUGGCCUGUGGAAGGGCCCUCCUCCUGGCAACAUCGGCAAGAAGGACAUUGCCGUUGGCGUGGAAAAGUUGAAGCAGCAGAUGGCGAACCCCAUGUUCGUGACCAAGGCCGGCGUGGGCUACGGCGUGGAUGAGACGCAGAAGGUGGUGGAUGACGGCAAGGGCUGGGUCUGGCUGGCUGCCGAGAUGAGCCCCGGAG